AUUUUUUAAAAUUUUUUUUGAGAAGAUUUUUUUUUAAGGAUCUUGCUAACGAGUGCCCCGGGCACUCUUUAAGCAUUCAAUUUAAAGGAACUUUUUAUUCAAAAAGUUAAACACUACAAUUUUCAAUGCGUUGACUUUACACAUUCCAAUAAAAAUUCUAUAUAAAAUUCAGAGGCUUCAAUUUUCUCAGAGGAACAAUUUAACAACGAAGCUUCUGAAAUAAUAAUAGAAUUAGGGUUUUCAGUAUUCAAUGACGAAGACGACGAAAGGUGGUAAGGUCAUGAACCCUACCGAUGCUUAUCGCAAGGAGCUUCGGAAGAAGGAAUUGAAAAGGAAUAAGAAAGAAAGAAAGAAGGUGAGGAAGGAGGGGAUUUUGAUGAAAGAUCCUGAACAAAUCAAGAAGCAGAUUGAAAACUUGGAAAUGAUGAAGGCUGAUGGCGCCUUGGAUAAAGCAAGAAAGCACAAGAAGAGGCAACUGGUAGAUUCACUUAAUGUUGUCUUGAAGAUGAGGAAGGAAUACGAAGAGAAAAUGCGUGAGAAGGGUGAGGUCCCUGUUAUGUUCAGUCAUUUGGGGCCUCCUCGAAGGAGAACAAGUGCAGAAGAAGAAGAGAGAGUUAAUCACCCACUACCAGAGGACUCUGUUUAUUACCAUCCUACCUUAAAUCCUACCGGGGCUCCACCGCCAGGGAAACCUCCUAUGUUCAAAUCGUCUAUAGGACCUAGAAUUCCCUUGGUUGGUUCGUCAAGUACUGGUGGAUCAUCCUUGGCAACAGUGUCCGAGGAUGGUGUAUUAGCUGUACCUCCACCUCCCCCACCACCACCACUGCCUGAUGCCAGUUCAGCUGACGGUACUGUUUUACCCGCAUCAUUGCCACUGCCUCCCCCACCUCCCAUGCCUCCAAAGCCCGCUGAUGCAGUGCCUGCGUCAUUACCACCACCUCCUUUGCCACCUCCACCUCCUGGUCCUCCACCGAAAGAGCAAGCUGUAAAUCGGCCUUUACCCCCUCCUCCUCCACCCCUGCAACAGUCUCAGCCACCUCCACCUGGCACCAGUGAAGGUGAAGAGAGAAACCAGUCUGCAUUGCCAGAUAAUCUAUCUUCCAAGGGGCCUGGUCAGGUGCAGCUUCCUCCGCCGCCUCCUCCACCAAGUCGCAUGCCACCAAAUUCUGGGACCAAUCAGUCUGAUGGUGCCGUGGUUUUUACUGACAAUAAGAAUUCUCUGUCAAACCAGGAGAUCCAAAAAAUGGUUCCUGGGCCUCCUCCUCCAAGGCAACAACCUCCUGGUCCAGGACCCACUUUAAUCCCAAGCUUACAGCCUGAUGUAUUGCCUCCUGGAAUAUCUCGGUUCCCACCACCCCCACCCCCACCUGAUAUGAGACCUCCCUUACCUGUGGCUGGACUUCCUGGUCAGGCACCACCUCCUGGAAUGAUGGUCCCCAUAAUCCCAAGGCCCCCAUAUGGUCCUCCACCUGGUCCUCCUCCAAUGAUGAGACCACCACUUCCACCUGGUCCUCCUCCAAACUUUCACGAAGAGGAUUAUAUGGCAAGUAAGCCAGCUCCUCCUCAGAAACCAUCAUAUGUUAAAUCUGCUGCUUCUACUGUUGUUAAAAGACCAUUAGCUCAGCACACUCCAGAACUAACAUCAAUGGUUCCUGCGUCUGUGCGGGUGAGAAGGGAGACUGCAAUGACCAAAACAAAACCAAAACCACCAGUGUCAACAUCAACAUCCAGGACAGUCUCUGUGACACUAGGGCCAAGACCGACUAUUGUAAAACCAAAGCCAGUGAGCUCGUCAUCUGCUCCAAAAGCACCCAGCAUUGAUGACUCGUACACAGCUUUCUUAGAGGACAUGAAAGCCCUUGGUGCCCUUGAUGGUUGAGAUUACUAUGAAUGGCAGAGUCAUAAAAUGGCGAGGAUGUGCACAGUUUGUAUUCAAUGAACCACUCAUAGUUUUUUUUUUUUUUGAACGGCUGACGAUAAAGUAUUUAAUACCUUGAAAGCUAAUGUGAUUCUAAUUCAUAUCCUCUCUCCCUUA